AUGGCGGCGGAGCAGGCCAAUUGCGGAUUGGCCCGUGGGGGCCUGGCGGUGACCUCACACGUCCGACUGCGAAAAAGCGCACUCGCAGAAAAAUGGCAGGCGCGUGUGUGUGUGAACAACGAACGCCCAACGCCUGACCUCAUCCCUUCACCUUCAACCCCCCCAAUCAACCCCCCCAAUUAUCCCGUGACGGCUUUCCAGGUCAAGCUCGCCUCGAUUUCCUCACAAUACUAUUGCCUCCCUCGUAGCCUUCAUUCGCUGUUCCAUGCGUCAAGAGGACCUGGUACGCUUUCUGUCCAAGCCCGCAAACCUAGCAAUCUGACAAGGCUGACUUCUCCAGGCCUCGAUAACACCCGCUACAACCACCUACCACCUACCCACGUCUCCUCUAGCCCCCCACUAAGCAGAUUUCCUCGUCUGCUGGACCCGAUACUUUUCCAGGGUAUCGGAAUCUGGUACGAGGGCCACAGCGACUGCCAACAUUUCGCGGCGCAAAGCCUCGUUUAUUCCCCUCUCCGCGCGACCUCCCUAACAUCGACUACGGUCGGUCCCCUACAUCCUCUUCCGCUUGCUGCUGGCACACGCCAGCCUCGCCUCUCCUCGCGACCCCACUAUACUGCUUCGCCUUCGUCGCAUAUUGGCACUCCACACCUGACAAUUAACAAGGAGGCCACCAUUGACCUCGACUCCACCAAUGCCUUUGAAGGUCCUGAGAAGCUGCUAGAAGUAUGGUUCAGCUCUUCUGCUACCGACCUACCUGGCCAGGCUGGCCCGCUUGGCCUCAAAAAGGUCUCCGCUGAGGUCUGGAAGGAGAUGCUCGAUCUGGUCAACUGCAAGGUUCUCUCCGUCAUCGAGUCUGAGCAUGUCGAUGCCUACCUCCUCUCCGAAUCGAGCUUCUUCGUCUUCCCCCACAAGCUCGUACUCAAGACCUGCGGCACUACAACUCUGCUCUGGGGAUUGACACGCAUGCUUGAGAUUGCGGCCGUCAACGCUGGAUUCCCACACAUCACUGCCCCUGCUGGAUCAGGCAUCGCUCCCGCUGCUACACCAUACCGCGUGUUCUAUAGCAGGAAGAACUUCCUGUACCCUGAGCAGCAGCGUGGACCCCACCGCAGCUGGCGCGAUGAAGUCAAGUACCUCGACCAACGUUUCCAAGGUGGAAGUGCCUAUAUGAUUGGCAAGAUGAAUGGCGAGCAUUGGUAUCUGUACAUCACAGGCCCCGACAUGCGCCUCACCCCACCUCAGAGCCCAGCAGAAGAGAUUUCCGAAACGGAGACCAAGUUUUUGAACCAUCCACAGCGUUUGCUUCCUGAGCGUGUCACGGAUGAAGAGGAGGAUGAAACUCUGGAGGUCUUGAUGACCGACCUCGAAGAGAAGAACGCCCGUCAGUUCUAUCUUGAGGACGCAAGUGCGGUUGCGGAAGGUCGCUAUCUCCAGAGGGCCCGCGAGGCUCGCAAGAACGCCAUUCAGUCUCUGGGAGCCAUUCCAGAAGAAAAGUCUGAGAGUCUUGGUGGAUCUACCGUCCUCGACUCUGCAGCCAACAGCCACCCUCCCUCUGAUGCCAGCUUCGACGUGUUCGAACAGACCUCUUCGGACCACUCUGAUUUCAACUCUGACGAGGAGCUCACAUUCCCCGAGGAGCUGACCACCGAGGGCCACACUCUGGGAAGCGUCGUUUCUGAGGUCUGCGGUCUGGCUGACGUCUAUCCUACGUCCAAGUACCCAGACGCUCGCAUUGACGCCUACCUCUUCACACCCUGCGGCUUCUCCGCCAAUGGCGUCAUACCCGCUCCAGGGGGUGCGCUCAACGGCUCCAAGAAGGGCUCAGACGCCACCCACUACUUCACUGUGCACGUUACUCCUGAGCCCCAGUGCUCCUACGCUUCCUUUGAGACCAACGUUCCCGCCCGCCAGACUGGCCGCGAGACUGCUGAUGUCGUCGAGCACGUUGUUGGCAUCUUCAAGCCUGGUCGCUUCAGCGUUACCCUUUUCGAAGCUAAGCGUGCGACCGAAGACUGUGUAGGCAAAGGCGUUGAAAAGGCCCAGCGGAUGGAGACCAUCAAGGGGUACAAACGCAUCGAUCGUAUUGUCCAUGACUUGGAUGGGUACGACCUUGUGUUCAGGUACUAUGAGAGAGACGACUGGAAGGGCGGAAAGCCGAGAUUGGGAGAGGAGUUCUAA